GGCGGGCAGGGCCCGGCCGGGCCGGGGCGGCCCGAGGCUUUCGCGGGACGCGAGGCGAACGACGGGCGGCUCUUUCCGCUGGUACUUCCUUUCUGACUUUCAGUAGCAGGGAAAAAACUAAAGACCUUGAAGAAAGUUGCCUGCUGCUCCUUACUCUGCAGUAACAAUGCUGCAGAGAUGAGAUUAUAGCAAGCCCUUCCUGUGUGGCCUCCAUGGGUCCCACUCAACUCAGCACACAGGACCAUGGGAAGAGGGUGGCAAGUGUAUUUGAGAUGGAGGAGGAAGGCCUUUCAGUCUUCUCUGGCUCAGAGAACCCCCCUAAGCAUGCAGAAAACCCCCCGCUGAAGCGGAAGAAGGGCCCGGCCCCCAAGAUGCUGGGAAAUGAAGUCUGCAGUGUGUGUGGGGACAAGGCCUCGGGCUUCCACUACAACGUGCUGAGCUGUGAAGGCUGCAAGGGCUUCUUCCGCCGCAGUGUCAUCAAGGGCGCCCAGUACGUCUGCAAGAACGGCGGCAAGUGUGAGAUGGACAUGUAUAUGCGGCGCAAGUGCCAGGAGUGCCGGCUGCGCAAGUGCCAGGAGGCAGGCAUGCGGGAGCAGUAUGUUCUGUCUGAAGAGCAGAUUCGGCUGAAAAAGCUGAAGAAGCAGGAGGACGAUCAGGCGCGGACAGUCGUGGUGCGUCCAAACCCUCCACAGCCACCAAGUCCUUCCCACCAGCUGACACCUGAACAGUUAAACAUGAUUGAAAAGCUUGUGGCUGCUCAACAGCAGUGCAACCAGCGCUCGUUCACUGACAGGAUCAAAGUGACGCCAUGGCCCCAAGUCCCUGACCCUAAUAACCGUGAAGCAAGGCAGCAGCGUUUUGCUCACUUUACAGAACUUGCAAUUAUCUCUGUGCAAGAGAUUGUGGACUUUGCCAAGCAACUACCUGGCUUCCGGGAGCUCACGAGGGAAGAUCAGAUUGCUUUGUUGAAGACAUCUACCAUAGAGGUGAUGUUGUUGGAGACAUCUCGGCGCUACAAUCCAGAGAUUGAGAGCAUCACUUUUCUGAAGGACCUGAGCUAUAAUCGGGAUGACUUCGCCAAAGCAGGUCUGCAGUUUGAGUUCAUUAACCCCAUCUUUGAGUUCUCAAAGGGAAUGAAUGAGCUGCAACUCAAUGAUGCUGAAUAUGCACUUUUAAUCGCCAUCAACAUUUUCUCUGCAGAUCGACCGAAUGUGCAGGACCAGUCCCUGGUGGAGAGACUACAGCACACCUAUGUGGAAGCCCUUCAUUCGUACAUUUGCAUCAAUAGACCAAAUGAUCACCUGAUGUUUCCACGGAUGUUAAUGAAGCUGGUCAGUCUUCGGACACUAAGUAGUGUUCACUCUGAACAGGGGUGGAAGAGAAGAGAGAAAGGUGGGAAGGACUGGUACCUAGGCAAGGUAGGUGUGGUGGAAGGAUCUCCAAAACUUGCAGGAAGUUGGAGCAUAUGGCAUGUGUUCCAAGGUGAGUGUGAAGAUGUAUCGGCCAAGGAGAGAGGACACACUGCUCUUAGUGAAAUAUGUGGGCAUUGCACAAGCUGUGGGCUGCACAACUCUCAGAUCGUGGGCUGCAGGAAUAUUGAGUGUUACUUCCUCUGCUUGCAUCUUCUUCCUCAUGCCAAAGUCUUUCCAAGGUACUUUCUCAAAGUUCCAGUGGUUAUGAUGGGAUAUGGAGGUCCCUGCUGUAUGAGGAGUGCCAACUGCUUUAGAAGGACACUUGGGUCCUGUAUCCUUCCUUCACGUUGGGCGCAGUGAGAGCCACGCUGGAUUUACGCCCCGCAUUCUUAAGUAUCCACAUCCAUAAGUAUUCUGGGACUUAAAGCAAUACUUGUCUGACAAGAGAAGCAUACUGUUCCAAAAUAUGUUCCUUAUUUACCAAGAAACAGCAUCUUUAGGGCUGAUCUCAGAGAUGUAACCUGAAGUAUCCUGGUAGUUUGGUCUCAUGAGUCUUCUCUGUCAUAGGGGUCUGUUUGCUUGCCUGGUGAGCAUCCCAAGAGCCUACAUUCACAUGGCUCGUGUUGGUUUUUUUGUUGGUUUGUUGUUUAUUUUUGGCUGUGUAUCUGAGCGCUAUGCCCGUGGUGAGGGUAUUGUGUCCAUUUUGCACUUGAGGUUGGUCCCUUGCCACUGGCCUUCACUCUGCACCUUUGUAAAGCACUUGUAACAAUCCGUAAAAUAAUCUGUUGUUUUUUAUAACUCAUUGCAAUUGAAAAAAAAAAAAAAUAAAAAAAAAUCUUGUUUAAAUCUGUAUUUUUAACUAAUCUGUUUGAGAAAUGUUAAUGUUUAUAUAAAAGAAUAAAGCCUAAUACAGGAUUUCGACAUUCUCUGAUGCCAUCAUUAGACUGGAGGAAGGUGGAGUAAGUUCUUAGUGUAACAAACUCCAAGCUAAUAAGAAAGUGAGGAUAUAGGUUGGGGAGAAGCAGGAAGUAGUGAAAUAAGCAGUAGUGCAAUGCCACGCAGGUCCUUUGAUCUUCAGUGUGGGAUUUUACACAGGUAGGAGUGUAGGGACAUUUUACACAGGUAGGGAUUUGACACGCAGGAGGGUGUGGGUUCACCCUCCUAUGUGCUGUAGCCAACAAAUGUGGAUAAAAGUGCAUGUUGUGAA